AUGGUUGAAUGUUCUUCAUUUCAUGCUCAAAAGAAGCCCUAUUUCCUUUUCGAAGGUUCUAAUUCAUUCUCAUUUUCUCUUACUUUGUUUUUUCAGGUAUAUCAAGAGCUAAAAAAGUUGGAACUGAGCGAUGCGCAGCUGAGGCAAAUGAUGUCCGUGAUGGAGAAAGAGCUGGACAAAGGACUAGCGUUAAACUCGAACAGUUGUAUAAAAAUGUUACCGUCUUUUGUUCGUUCCCUUCCAAAUGGAACCGAGGUCGGUGAUUACUUGGCUCUUGACCUUGGAGGUACUAACUUUCGCGUACUUUUGAUCCGAUUGAAUAAGCGUGAAGCGGAGAUGAAGCAUCAUACUUAUCGUAUUCCUCAGUCUCUCAUGUCCGGCAAUGGUGAAACGUUAUUCGAUCACAUUGCGAAUUGCUUGUCAAAAUUUGUGAAGGAGAAUGAACUUGAAGAAAAUCUACCUCUCGGAUUUACUUUCUCAUUUCCUUGCCAGCAGGUCAGCUUGACCGAUGCCAAGCUCAUCUCAUGGACCAAAGGGUUCAACUGCAAGGAUGUUGUUGGAGCCAACGUAGUGGAUAGUCUUCGAGACGCGAUCGCUCGUCGAAAUGACGUUGCCGUCGAGGUGAUAGCUUUGUUGAAUGACACCGUUGGAACUCAGAUGGCAUUGGCUCAUCGGGAUAGCAACUGCCACAUUGGUGUCAUCGUUGGCACUGGAACAAACGCUUGCUAUACUGAAAAGCUUUCGCGCUGUCCAAAGCUGAAUGACACAAAAUCAGAAGAGGUAACGAUGAUCAUCAAUACCGAAUGGGGCGCGUUUGGAGACAACGGGUGUAUAGAUUUUUUGCGGUCCCCUUUUGACGAUGCUCUUGACGGAUGUAUAUGGGUGAGCUGGUUCGACAACUUGUCCGUCUUGGACUGCUUUUCGAGGGCAGAGGUACCGAUGACUUGUUCACGUUUGGAAAGUUUUCCACAAAAUACGUAUCAGAAAUCGAAAGGAAUAAUUAAAGAGACUGGGAUCCAGAACGUAGCAUAUUGUCCUCGUUUAAUCUAUCGUUGA